AUGAAGUUCCUGAGAAGUUCCGUUGAAGCUAAUGCCUCCGACCUGAAGGAUUUGAAAUCAUCAAUAAAAACCCAGGCAUCUAUCAUUUUCAAAAACUCGGAGCAAUUAAAAGCCAUAGAAUUGCUCCUAGAAGCUCAAAACUCGAAAUUAGAUGGCUUGGUUUUGGAGAAUUCGACUCUAAAAUCACGAGUGUCGGUGCUUGAAAUAAAGCUAAACAGAUCCGAGCAACAGCACCUAGUUAAAACCGCAGAGAUUAGAUGA